AUGCCGGAGCUCCCGCCGCGGGGACGUGGGAGAGGGGGAGAAGGCAUCCUCAGAUUGGGGGCUGUGGCAGGGACCCCACGGACAGGGAGCUGGGGGCGACCGCUCUUCGAGGACCCAUCGUCAUUACCCUGCCACUCAAGACAGAACUCUCGGCCCUCCCUGGGCCCCUUGGACGUGACGCUGACUCAGCCGGUGAGGAGCGGGCCAGCCUCUGACAGGCUGCAGAGCUGGGAGGAGACGCGAAGUCUCAUCCCAGAGAAGGGGCCGCCGGAGGAGGACCCGGACGUCGUGGUGAAAGGUUGGCUGUACCGAGAGCCCCGCGGAGGAGGGGCGCGGCCCUGGUUGCCCCCGCGCCGGGCCUGGUUCGUGCUCACCAGGGACUCGCUGGAUCAGUUCAGCAGCAGCGGGAAGGGGGCGCGGCGCCUCGGGAGCCUCGUGCUCACCAGCUUGUGCUCGGUGACCGGCCCGGAGCGCCGACCCAAAGAGACCGGUCUGUGGUCAGUGACCGUGUCUGGCCGGAAGCACAGCAUCCGGCUCUGCUCCCCACGCCAGGCUGAGGCGGAGCGCUGGGGGGUGGCGUUGCGAGAAGUGAUCGCCUCCAAGGCACCACUGGAGACCCCUACCCAGCUGCUGCUUAGAGACAUUCAGGAGAGUUGUGGGGAUCCGGAAGCUGUGGCCCUUAUUUACCGACGGAACCCAAUUCUGAGGCACACCAGUGGGGCCUUGUACGCUCCACUCCUGCCCCUGCCCUACGGUGUCAGCGCCCCAGGUCCGGGCUACGCACCCUUGCGCGAGGAGGCGGUGCGGCUGUUCCUGGCGCUGCAGGCGCUGGAGGGGGCGCGGCGCCCCGGGCCCCUGAUGCAGGGUGUGCUCCAAACCUGCCGGGACCUGCCUGCGCUCCGCGACGAGCUCUUCCUGCAGCUGGCUAAGCAGACCUCGGGCCCCGCAGGCCCCCCUGGGCCCCCAGCUACCCAAGACCCCGCAGCCCUUCGGUACUGGCAGCUCCUCACCUGCAUGAGCUGCACCUUCCGGCCUGGGGGAGCUGUGAGGGGGCACCUCCUGGGGCAUCUGGAAAGGACCGAGCAGGCGCUCCCGGACACAGAACUGGCGGAAUAUGCGCGCUUCAUCCGGAAAGCGCUGGGCCGGACGCGCGGCCGAGAGCUGGUGCCUUCUCUGGCAGAGAUUUCAGCGUUGAGCCGACGACAGGAGCUGUUGUGCACCGUGCACUGUCCGGGGGCUGGUGCCUGCCCUGUGGCCAUAGACUCUCACACCACAGCGGGGGAGGUUGCUCGAGAGCUCGUGGGACGGCUGGGCUUGGCCCGUAGCCGGAACGCAUUCGCGCUGUAUGAGCAGCGAGGGGCCCAGGAGCGAGCCCUGGCUGGGAGCACUCUCGUGGCCGACGUGCUCACCAGGUUUGAGAAUUUGGCAGCGGAGGAAGCCGGGCUGGAUGAUUCGACGGACUCUGGUUGGCGACUAUGCCUGCGUCUUCACGGGCCUCUGCACCCUGAGGGGCUGUCCCCAGACGGUCACGAACUGCCUUUCCUCUUUGAGCAGGCUCACGCUCUGCUGCUCCGCGGCCGGCCGCCCCCGCCCGAAGACACCCUGCGCGCCCUGGCGGCGCUGCGUCUGCAGAGCCUGCACCGAGACUUCUCCCCCAGGGAGCCCCUGCCUCCCCUGGAUCGCCUGCUGCCGCCCCCCGCCCCGCCACGUGAAGACCCUCCCCGCCCAGUCCCCAGGCCUCCUCCCUCCGCCGCCCUGCUGGCCGGGGCAAUCUGGAGUCCGGGCCUGGCCAAGAGGCGGGCGGAGAGGACCCGGCGCGGCGGCGGGGCCGGCAGCACGGCGGGAAGCGUGGCCCGCGAGGGAGGAGGUGGCGCCGGCACGGCGGCCGCUGUGCUGGGCGGCUGGAAGCGGCUACGGGGCAUGGGCCGAGCUGAGGCCAUGGCUGCCUACCUGGCUCUGGCGGCGCAGUGUCCAGGGUUCGGCGCUGCUCGGUAUGACGUUCUGGAGCUGAGCACGGAGCCUGGUGGGGGCACUCCACAGAAGCUAUGUCUGGGCUUGGGAGCCAAGGCCAUGUCCCUCUCCCGGCCAGGUGAGACAGAGCCCAUCCACUGUGUCAGCUAUGGCCAUGUGGCCGCCUGCCAACUGAUGGGCCCCCACACCCUGGCACUGAGGGUGGGAGAGAGCCAGCUCCUCCUGCAGAGUCCCCAGGUGGAAGAGAUCAUGCAGCUGGUGAAUGCCUAUUUGCCCAGUCCCUCCCCCGAGAGGCCCUGCCGCAGCCCUUCUCCUCCAUGCCAAGACCUGCCAGACACCUCCCCUCCCAGCCAGCACCCGGGCCUGGACGAGCCCCAGGGACAGUCUGGCUGUUUGGGGCAGCUGCAGGACUGA